AAUAAAUAAUAAAAAAUAAAAAAAUAAUUUUUUUUAUAGUUUUAGAUUAUAUGUUUUCAAAUUUGAACUUUUAUAUAAAUUUAUUUUUUUUUUGAAUUUUUUUUUCAAAUUUUCUUUUUAUAAUUCAAAAAUACUUUUUGAAACUAUUUUAAAAAUUUUUAUUUUCAAAUUUUUAAUAUUUAUUUUCUAUUUUAUAAAAUUUUAAACCUCAAACCAAAAUUCCCACUCCUUAACUCUAAACCUUAAGGUUUGGAUUAGUUGAUCCUAGGGGUAUAACUGUAUAUUUACCUUUUUAAUGAAACAUUUUGGUCAUUUUGAUUCUCAGAGUCUAUAUUUGUGAUCGAAAUUUUUUUAGUGUUAUCCUAAGAUAUUUCCCUAAAAAUAUAUUAGUGUCCAUUAUAUAUGUAUGUAUGAAUGCUACAGCUCAUUCAAUGAUUCUUGGAAAAUAUUAAACUAAAGUUUUUAAAAGUUUGAUGUGUUAUAGUAUAACCCGCGUCUUGCAUGGAAUGUGAUUAUUAGUUUUGAAUUUUAAUAAAGAGACAUUAAUCUGUUUAAUCUGGAUAUCGGUUCGGUUUUAGGUUGUUUUUUUUUGUUUUUAAUCUCUUAAAAUAUAUCUAUCAUUUUAAAUGAAUAUUUAUUUGGUUUGUUCGAUUAAAAUGUUUGAUGUUUUAUUUUCCUCUGACAAUCAAAAAUUAUUAUUAUUUGUUUGUUUUCAUGUUAUGAAUCUUAGAUUUUCGUGAUGUCGAACCAAUGGUUUCAUAUUAUAGUUUCUAAACGGAUAAUAGUUAAAAAAAAAAGAAAAUUAUUAAGACAAAUCAUUUUACUACAAUUUGGUCGAUAGUGAAAGAAGAAUUAAGAAAAAAAAUAUUUUACUUCCAAAAAAAUUAGAUAUUUCAGCUGUGGUAAAUACUUACUUAUAAGGUACUCACGUCAAUGUGCACAUGUAUGUGUAUGUAAAAAUAUAUAAAGAUGGUUGAUAAAUAUAUAAAAAUACUGUUAAUUAAUAUUAAAUGAUAUUUUUUUCAAAAUAAUACAUGAAAAAUAAAAUUCUUAAAAUGAAAUUAUUUAAAAUCGAAAAUAUUGUAAAAUUUAUAUAACGGAUCAAAUUGGAUAUCCGUUCCUAUAAAUAUUGAUAUUUGUGAUUUCUUUUUUAUUUACGGAUAUUGCAUUUUAGUAUUUGAUUUGCUUCGUAGAGUAACAUAUAUAAGGAUUUUCCGUUUCAAAUCAAAAUGGAUAACGAAUCAAAUCAAAAUUUAGGAAUAAUUUGUCCAACUAUAUUCGUAAACAGUAAAAAUAACGUAAAGAAGAACCAUGCAUGUGAGUUUUAUAUUAAAAAACGUAAAAUACAUAGUGUGAACAUAUUUAUAUAGAGUUUGACUGAGAAGCUCUCUAUAUGUGACAUGUGUCCAUUUUAGUGUGAACGCAUUUAUUACAAUGCUUCUACACGUGACAUGUGUCUAGUUUAGUGUGAAUGCAUUUAUUACAAUACUUUUUCUUUAAUAUAUAAGAGAUAUGUGAACUCUUGGACCUAGAGAUUUGGCUCAGCCCGCCAAUCGAAAGUAAGAUAAAUAUUAUAAGAUAAAAAUUUUUGGGUCGAAAGUUAUUUUUCUACGAGAAGUAUCUUAUAGUAUCAAAUGUCUCCCGAAUUAUCAUCUUACUAGUAUUACCACCUAUGCUAUGCACAGGUCAAUUCCAUGUUUUAAAAAUUAUUUGAUCAUUUUCAUUGUUUUCAAUCAGAGUGAAUAUUAUUUAAAACAUUAUAUGAAUAGUAGAACAUAAUAUUGUACUAGCUUUUGAUCCGCGCGUCCGCGCGGAUAUAUAUUCGAUGUAAUUAUAUGUUUUGUUUAUUGUAAAAACGUUCAUGUUAUUGUUUCAUAUGUUAUUAGUUUUGACAUUGGUGUAUCUUGUUUAUGUUGUUUAGUGUACAUUUUUAAGCAUUGAGGUUGUAUUGUUCUUAUAUUGUAUUUUUUUUCUUUUACUUGGUAAACUAAACAUAAAGUGUAUAAUAUUAGAACAUUUAUUUGAGAUUUAAUAGUUUUAUUAAAUAAGAAAAUCUAAAAUUUGUGAUUUAUACCUUAUUUUAAAUUUUUGUUUAUAUAGCUUUACAAAAAAAAAAUCGCUAGCAAAUAUACAACCAAUUGGAAAAGUAACCCCAAAAACAUAAAAAAAAAAUAUAUCUCUAUUAAAUAUUUACAAAGCCUAAUUAGAUGGAUUGAUUUGCGCCAUUUUGUUAUGGUUUUAAAAUAUUUAUCAUUUUUAACCGAAGAAAUAGUGGACAUGAAUCACAAAUCAAAGUCUAUAUAAUAUUGUUUCUGGGAAAUAAACAGAAACACGUCUGCCCUGCCACUAACUGCAUUGAUUUGAACAUUUUUAAUUACUCCCCGUUUUCCAACUGGUAUAGCACGAUGAACAUGGUACAUGUGUGUUCUUUUGCAACGAGCUUGGAUUUUGUUUCCCUAUAAAACAAAAACAGAGGAAAUACUAGUUUAGCUUGUUAAAGCAAUAAUCUGUUAUAACACAACAAAUGUUUAGAAAUAUUGGUUUACCCAUUAGUCUGUUAAUACCAUCUCAAAGGUAUCUCUAGAAGCGGUGUUCAUCUUGUAAGCACUUAACUUAAACUCGCUGAUUAUUUUUAUAAGGCCUGAAUUUUGUGAGAGCAUGAAAAGUAGUCAGAGUAGACAUUUUCGGAGGAAUUGCGUUGAAUGAUAUAGUGUUUCGUUUAUUGGGAAAGAUGUAUAUAUAGCUAGUUAUUACCACCUAUGCUAUACACAGGUCAAUUCCAUGUUUUAAAAAUUAUUUGAUCAUUUUCAUAGUUUUCAAUCAGAGUGAAUAUUAUUUAAAAUAUUAUAUGAAUAGUAGAACAUAAUAUUGUAUGCUCCAUCUUUAUGUUUCUUCUAUUUAACUGGAAAAUCACUGCCCGAUAGUGUAGUUAUAGAUUUUCCUGAAGAAUAAUAUUUUAUGCUUCAUCCUAUUUCUCCAAAUUGUUACCUUAAAUUAAUAGAUAGAUGAAGCUUCUGAUUUAGCUAUGCUGUAGUGAUUUAAAAUCGAAUAUGUUCAAAAUUACUGUACCAGUAUCAAUUGCUUCUCAAAAUUCCACUAUCAACCUGAAAUCUUGUCAAUAAUAAACUUUUAAGUAUUAAUCCGGACUGAAGAAUAAUAAUAUAUUUAAAUGGUGUAGAAAGAAAGAAAGAAGAUAUGAAGAAACAUGAAGUCAAAAUUUAAGAGAAAUUAAAAAAAAAUGUAUUGUUUCGUUGGAGAAGAUGGAAAAAAAGAAACAAAAUAAACAGAGUAAAUUAUUAGACCAAAACUUAUAUAAAAGAAAAAAAAACAGUUUGAAAUCAUGGUAAAGUAACUUUUGAACGUGGAUAAAAUAUUGAGAUAAUUGCUAUAAAUUAGGGAUCAAAGAGAAUUGUUUUUCAGUUAAUUGUUGCUAAAAAUUAGGGAUCAAAGAAAAUUGUUUUUCAAUUAAUUUUUUUUUGAAGUAUUUUCCAUUUGUCAAAAUUUGAUUUGUGAAGUAACUUGUGCUUUAGUAUAUAAAGGAUUCUAUAUAUCCCCUAAAAAAGUUAAGCUUAUUUUCCCACGAAUAUCGGUUUAGACAGUAUUCUGUAUUAUCACUUGCCCAAACCGUAAAACAUAGAAAUAUAACCUGGAAACCGGUUUGAAUUCAACACUUUACCAAAUUAUACCCGGCCCAUAAACAUACUAUCCUUUAAGAUCCCAAAUCAAAGACAAGUUUAAACGCUAAAAUUUAUAUUCAAAAUUUGAUUGUCUCAAUCUCCGAUUUCCGAAAGCUGCAAUAAUGGUGAUGUCUGGGCUGCAAAUUCUACUUAUGGAGCUUCGAUUGGGUUAAAAUUUCAAGGACAAUCCGUCAGAAGAUACUUCCGACUAACGCCAUUGAUCUCCGGCAACAACUUCAAGCUUUUCCCUAAAGCUUCAUUUUUGAUUUUUUGUCUCAAUUGUAUCUUUGAUAUUUGGGAAAUUUUGUUAGAAGUUAUUGAUUCUUCAAAACACAGACAACAAAUUUCACUUGCUCUGUUACGUAAACAAACUAGAGUAACUGAAAUUUCUUAUAUAAUAGAAUUCCGUCAGCAAAGAUCACGCAUAAAUAAGUCUAAUAGCAUCCCUUACUUUGGAAUCAUAGGAAUGCUGAAUCGAGCUGGUACAUGGACGAGCCGGUGAAGAUGAAGAAACGUGUGGAUCAAGGAAAGUUUAAUAUUAUCGCAAUCUUCUACAAAGUGUAUGCACGAGACUUCAAGAAGCAGACACGUGAGUUUGGUGAAAACUUUUGGUAGCUAGCGAGAACUUCUAGUGGAGAUCAAGUCAAGAUGGGAAAGAAUUUGACUCCAACAAGAUUUUUCAAAGACAAGAGGUAGGUUCACACACUCAGACUCAAAGUUUUUCUUCUCUUUAAUACACUUUGAUUAAAACUAGUAAACCGUGAGGACUUCUUUACGUUCAAAACGUACAGGAUUGUAUGAAGUAAAGUGUGAAUAUUUUUGCAGACUCUGAGUUAGGAUUUUUUAUCUUUCGGUUAGGGUUUUUAUCGGGUCUAGGGUUUUCUGUUGAUGGUUUAAUUGAGUUAGUCGGGUCUUAAUUUGGUCUUCUAUUGGUUUACAUUCAGAUUUAGUAAGUUUCGGUUUAACUUAUGUACAUUAAACCAGAGUAAUCCAAUUUAUGGGUUUACCGGUUUCGAACUUUGAUUUUAUGGAGAAAUAAGUAUUCAACUUUUAUUCUAUGCGGAAACAAGUAGAAAACUUUUAUUUGGGGGAUAUAUAAAAUGGGGCAAUAGUUCGAAAGACAUUUGAUGUUAUACGAUAGUUCUCGUCAGAAAAUAGAUCGUUGACCCAAAAUUGUUAGAAAGUAUAGAAGUUGGACUUCUAGAUGCAGAAAGAUGGAAACAAAACUUUCCAAAAUUAGUUUAUGACUAACUAAACAAUCAGUUUAAAGAUUUAUAAACGUGAAUAGCGAUAUAAUAACCUGAUGAACCAUCAACCAACGACUUUAGCAGUUGAUAAACAUUAGUUUAGUGAGCCAACUUUCAAAUAGGUUUGCUAUUCUUAAUUCUAGUUACGUUGGAUAAACUAUUCCAAAUUCAUGAACUACAAAAUUAUUUUCCUUAUUUUGUCUUCUACUUUAAUCAUGUUCAUUAUCACUGGAUUCAUUUCUUAAAAAUAAAAUAAUUCAACCAACUUUCUACUCUUUAAUUAUAAAAAAUACAAACAUGUCCUCCCCUAGUGUAUAAUUUCCAGUUAGUACUCUUUGUUUCAUUUUAAAUUUUUGAUUUAGGUUUAGGUUUAUACAUACAGAUUAAUAAAAACAUUUUAAUUUUGCACAUUUUAAAAAUAAAAACAUCAUUACUUAUACACCUAACUAUAUUUCAACUAAUAAAAAAAUUGAAGAAUAGUGUUAAUAACUUUUGCAUUGAAAUUCUAAAACAAUAUUUAUUUUGAAACGAAAUUUUACUUUACAACGACAAUUAAACUGAAACGAAUAGAGUAUUGUUUUCAAAAAAAAAUAUUAAAGCAUUGUUUUCAGCGAACUUUCUUGGCUCAUUGUAAACGUUUUUAUCGUUCUCACUCUGAGAGCAUCAUCAACAGUUAAUGUUCUCAAACAUAAACUCUCACCUAAUUAUAUUAAUAACACAGUCUCUCAUCUAAUAUUUAAUCUUUUUACAAAAUUAAUUAUUAUUUUUUUAAACAUCACACCAUUAUAAGUAUGACACUUAUAGAAUCAAGUUCUCCAUCUUUUGUUUAGCGCUCUUGUACGAGAGCUGUUUACCUUUCUUUCUUCUCUACUCUUUUCUUUCUUUCUUCUUUUAUUAUAUUUUUAAUAAUAGUUCAAACUGCAUCAAUACUACCAUUGCAGAUGCUCUCGCUUUCUACGGAAAAUUUUUCUCUUCGUUCUCUCAAACUUAUCACGAAUGGAGGUUACACUACUUGGUUCCGUUUCCGGCCUCUCUACCGUCUCGUCAGAAAGACGACUCUCCAACGCGGUUUUCAGCAGUUUGAAGACAAACACACGACGACAAACAUAUCGAGUCACGGCCAUUAACUCCGUAGAGUCGAAGACUCAUCAUGGAGGUGUUCGACGGAUAAGAAAGAAUGAAGAUGGAGCGGCGGUAGCAAAGGUGGUGGAGAAUCCGUAUUCGGAAGCGGAGACGGCGAGUCCCGAUCUGCAUAAGAGCUUGUCCGACUUCUUGGAGGAAGCGAGAGAUUUCGUGGGAGAUGAUGAUGGUCCGCCUCGUUGGUUCUCUCCGUUGGAGUGUGACUCUCAGGCUCAAGGCUCUCCUCUACUCCUUUUCAUACCUGGUAUUGAUGGUACUGGACUUGGGCUUGUUCGUCACCACAAGAAACUUGGGGAGGUGUUUGAUGUAUGGUGCCUUCACAUUCCAGUCAGGGACCGUACUCCUGCUAAAGACUUGGUCCAACUUAUUGAGAGGACAGUUAAAUCGGAGAGCUAUCGUUUUCCAAAUAGACCUAUAUAUCUAGUUGGAGAAUCUAUUGGAGCGUGUCUUGCGUUAGAUGUUGCAGCUAGGAAUCCCAACAUUGAUCUUGCUUUGAUAUUGGCUAAUCCAGCCACACAUGUCAACAACCUCAUGUCACAACCUCUGGUAGGAAUGCUGAAUGUUUUAGCAGACGGAGUUCGUACACUAUUGGAAGAAAUAUUUGGUAUUAAGCAAGGCAAUCCAUUGACUGCAGCGUUAGACGCUUUGACGAAUGAGUUUGCAGUCCAUCAGAUGAGUGGAAUUGGUGGAGGGAUACUAAGAGAUCUUUUUGCAGUUUCAGCUAAUCCUCCUACUUUGAGUAGGACCGUCCUUAAGGACACACUUCUUUGGAAGCUGGAACUGCUUAAGUCUACUGUCGCAUCUGCCAAUUCUCACAUAGAGGCGGUCAGAGCUGAAACAUUGAUACUUCUGAGUAGACGUGAUCAUUGGCUGCUGAACAAUGAAGACAUCGACAGAUACUCACGCACAUUGCCAAAAUGUAUUGUGCGUAAGCUUAAAGGCAAUGGACACUUUCUCUUUUUCGAGGAUGGUGUAGACUUGGUUACUAUCAUCAAGUGUACUUGUUUCUAUCGCCGUGGGAAGUCUCAUGAUCACCUUUCAGAUUACAUUAUGCCUACCAGAUAUGAGAUAAAGCAACAACUAUACAACCACAAAUUGCUAAUAGGUCCUACUUCACCUGUAUAUCUGUCAACACUUGGAGAUGGUAAAAUUGUGAGGGGCCUUGAAGGUAUACCCUCAGAAGGACCUGUUUUGUUCGUUGGCUAUCACAUGUUAUUGGGACUUGAGCUAAUUCCAAUGAUAACUCAAUUCUUGAAAGAGAGAAAUAUUCACUUGCGCGGUUUGGCACAUCCAAUGCUUUUUCUAGACGGCCAGGAUGUGUUUGUCGACCCACAGAUUUUUGACAAAUUUAAGUUAAUUGGUGGAGUUCCUAUCUCCAAGUUCAGUAUCUACAAUCUACUGCGCUCAAAGUCUCAUGUGCUUUUGUAUCCUGGUGGUAUCCGUGAGGCUUUUCAUAAAAAGGGUGAAGAAUACAAGUUGUUCUGGCCAGAGCAACCAGAGUUUGUGAGAGUUGCAUCUAAGUUUGGAGCCAAGAUUGUCCCAUUUGGUGUUGUUGGAGAAGACGACAUCUGCGAUUUUGUCCUCGAUUCCGAUGAUCAAAUGAACAUCCCGUUCCUAAAGGAUUUCAUGGAAGAGGCAACAAGGCAAGCUGGAAACAUAAGGGAAGGAGAUGAAACCGAACUGGGAAACCAGAAAUGCUAUCUCCCAGUAAUUCUACCUAAGAUUCCUGGGCGGUUAUACCUUUACUUUGGGAAACCAAUAGAAACAGCAGGCAAGGAACAAGAGCUAAGAGACAAAGAGAAGGCUCAAGAGUUUUACUUGCAAGUCAAGUCUGAGGUUGAACAAUGCAUUGCCUAUUUGAAAGUGAAAAGAGAGAGUGAUCCCUACAGACACUUGUUGCCAAGGAUGAUGUAUCAGGCUUCACAUGGUUUAUCUUCAGAAGUUCCGACGUUUGAUCUCUGAAAUGAUUAUCUCGCUUUAAUUAUUUACAUAAUUACAUUAUACUAUGGUUAUGUUGUGCGUAGAGAUUACUACAGGUUCCAGUAAUAACAGCCUUGUGGAACAGAACACAUUGAAAAAACUUAGUCUGUGAUGUCGAAGUAUAUUGGGUUUUCUGGGUAAUGGUACUCUACAU